GGUGCUCAUUCUUUCUUUCUUUCUUCCCUAAUCUCAUCAUAUCCUGUUACUGUGUGUUCUUAUUUUUGUCCAUGAAACUGAAGCCCACAAAAUUCUGUAAUUUACUUCAACUUCCGCCGCCCUGCUCUUUCCUGCUGCUGUUCUCUUUGUUGUUCCUAGUGGAUUACGGAGUUAGUGGGGAUGAGGGGGGUGUUGGUCUCCACCCAGCAGACAGGGCUGCACUUUUGGAGUUCAAGUCUCAUCUCCAAGACCCCUUCCACUGCCUGGCAACCUGGGAUGUUGCAACUGCUGGUAACUGGACGGGUCUCGCCAUCUCCACCUCGACCGGCCGACUCACCUCCCUCAACCUCACUGCCCUCAAUUUGUCUGGCCCACUUCAUCCCUCUCUCUGCAACCUCACUUUUCUUGAAACCCUCAUUUUAUCUCGCAAUGCUUUCCGUGGUUCACUUCCCUUUUGUUUUGGGCUCUUUUCAAUUCUUAAAACGUUGGAUCUUAGCUACAAUAUGUUUGCUGGUGCUUUCCCUCAACCGCUUGUAAUGCUCAGCCAGUUAACUGAGCUUGAUCUUAGCCAUAAUGCGUUUGCUGGUGAAAUUCCAGUUUGGGUUGGAAAUUUCUCUUUGAAACUUGAAAAACUUAAUCUGGCGUUCAAUGCAUUUCGAGGUGAGAUGCCUGCUAGCCUGUAUUAUGCAAUGUCGUUGCGGUACCUGGAUUUAUCCCAGAAUUAUUUGAUUGGGAGUCUUGCUGAUUUUCACCAAGCUUUGGUGUAUAUUAACCUGGAGUCCAAUUUGUUUUCGGGUACUUUGCCCUGUUUCCUGUCGUCCUCUCAAUCCCUCUCGGUGCUCAAUUUAGCGAAUAAUUCAAUUAUGGGAGGAAUACCGGCUUGCAUUUCUAGUUGUCACGGAUUGACACAGCUGAACUUGUCAUCCAAUGAACUCCAGUAUGGGAUUUCCCCAAGAUUAGUUUUCUCAGAGAAGUUGGUGGUUCUGGACUUGAGUUUCAAUGCCUUGUCAGGUAAUCUUCCAAGAAAUAUCGUUGAGACACCUGAAAAGUCUGGCCUUUUGCUCUUUGAUCUAUCUAAUAACCAGUUCAUUGGUGAUAUUCCCCCAACAGUUACAGAGUUGAAGAACUUGCAGGCUCUGUUUCUCUCCCAUAAUCUUCUUACGGGUGAGAUACCAGAGAGGAUUGGCAACUUGACCUAUCUUCAAGUAAUUGAUUUGUCACACAACAAAUUAUCUGGCUCAAUUCCUUUGGAUAUUGUUGGAUGUUUUCAGUUACUAGCAUUGAAGCUGAACAACAACAAUCUUUCUGGUGAAAUCCCACCGGAACUUGAUGCAUUGGAUAGUUUGAAACUAUUGGCUCUUGGCAACAAUCUAAUAUCUGGGGAGAUACCUCUCACCUUGGCAGGAUGCAAGUCGUUGGAAGUUGUAGAUUUGAGUUUUAAUAAUCUAUCAGGCUCUUUAAAUGAUGCAGUAGCCAAAUGGUCUAAACUCAAGUUCCUCUCCCUUUCUCAUAACAACUUCAAUGGAGCUUUCCCUAGUUGGCUAUUCACAUUUGAAGCCAUCCAAACAAUGGAUCUUUCUGGCAACAAGUUUUCUGGCAACAUACCAGACGGUAACUUCAACAUUAGUUCGAAUUUUAACCAUGGGUUCAGUGGUGGAGCAGAUUUCGGUCAGCCAUCAAUUUCAUUUACUGAUCCGGAUGUACAAGUUUCUGUAACAAUUGCUGAUAAAACUGAAUUGGUCUUCAACUACAACCUUUCCACGAUAAUCGGAAUCGAUAUCUCUGAUAAUUUGCUGCAGGGGGAAAUUCCAGCAGGACUUUUCGCAUUGCAAGGCCUGCAAUACUUAAACUUGUCCUAUAAUUUUCUUGAUGGUCAAAUUCCAGUAGGAUUGGGGAAGAUGUGGAGUUUGAAGGUCCUGGACUUGUCACAUAAUUCUUUCUCAGGUCCCAUCCAAGAAAACAUUUCCAGUCUUGGAAACUUGACACUCUUGAAUCUAUCAUACAACUGUCUUUCUGGGAUUAUCCCUACAAGGCAAGGGUACUGGAAAUUUCCUGGGGCAUUUGCUGGCAAUCCGAACUUGUGCUUGGAAUCCUCAAAUGAUGGGUGCAAGGGGCAAGGCCUUCCAGCUGUGCCGGGACGGUCAUUCAAAUAUGAAAAUGAGAAUGGAGUAAUUUCGAUUUGGGUUUUUUGUGUUAGUGCUUUUGUUAGUUUUUAUGCAGGUGUUGUUGCUCUCUGUUGUUCUGCUCAGACCAGAAACUACAUUUUGCAGACAAAACGAACCAGCUAAUGGCGUUAUUCAUGCUACUGAUAGAUUAUUACCACACUUUUAUGGAUA